GCUCGUGCACCCAUGCACUUCGUACGUGUACGGCUUCGGUGGUGGGCCGCCGCUAGUUAAACAAAUGGUUGGGCUCGCGGAAUGGCGCAGACGCUUUAAAAUGAUCGUCUAAGUUUGCAAUCGUAGCUAUACAAUGGACUCGGCAUCCAGAGUAUCAUCAUGACCAAUGUGAACCGCUGGCAACAAAGCCAUGGCCACCAUGUUCGACCACAAUCGAAACUCGACGGGACUCAAAUUUCCCAAGAAAGAAUGGACUAGAGAGAUCGAUCGCAGCUGGGACCAAGCACUUCCGGUACCCAAGUGGGCCAUACGCUGUGGACCCUGGCUAGUGGCAGGAGCUUCAUUGGUUUGUUUUGGCCACAGCCUAGCUGGUGACUUUGUAUUUGACGACACAGAGGCGGUGGUGCAUAAUGCGGACAUACAGCCAGAGAUUCCACUGCGGCGCAUAUUUGAAGAUGACUUCUGGGGCACCGAGUUGCAGUCCGAGUCAAGCCAUAAGUCAUACAGGCCCCUUACCACACUAACUUUCAAGCUCAACUGCAUGUUGGCUGGAGGCCUCAUAGCCAGCCACUUUCAUGCUGUCAAUGUGGUCCUCCAUGCACUCGUCUCACUACUUUCGCUGCAUCUCUUCAGGGUACUUCUUCAGGGGGCACCACGUGCCUCCCUCCUCUGUGCCCUACUGUUUGCUGUGCACCCAGUCCAUACAGAAAGUGUGGCAGCUGUGGUGGGCAGGGCAGACCUGCUGUGUGCUGUGUUCUUCAUCCUCUCCUUCCUGUCUUUCACUCGCUCCUGCUCAUCAGAGAAUGCCUGGUCAUCUUGUGUCUGGCUUAUGACGUCUGCAUCUUUGAGUAUUGUGUCCAUGCUUUGCAAGGAACCUGGCAUUACAGUCAUAGGAAUAAUCUUCAUAUACGAUACAGUUGUCAUCUGUAAACUUGAUCCGCACUACAUCAUCACGCAAAGAAGUGGCAUGGUUCAACUUAAGAGGCAACUUUUCCGAGCAGCUCUGCGGCAAGGCACUCUUGCCACGGUGGCCUGUGCAGCACUGGCUAUACGCUGGAAGGUCAUGGGUUCAUCUUCACCUGUGUUCCAAAGGAUUGACAAUCCGGCUUCCUUUGAGGAGAACUUCUUUGUCAGGGUGGCAAACUACAACCAUGUGUAUGCCCUUAACACCUGGCUGUUGCUGUGUCCACAAUGGCUGUGCUUUGACUGGUCCAUGGGCUGCGUGUCCCUCAUCCGUUCCAUCACAGACGUUCGCAUUGCCAGCGUUGUGGCCUUCUGGCUCUCCCUUGCUGUGCUCAUCAGCCAAAUGGUGCUGGCAGCAGAUACCCAGCUGCGAAGAUUGCUAUGCAUAGCGCUCUCUCUGUUGGUGGUGCCAUUUCUGCCCGCUUCAAACAUCUUCUUUCGUGUGGGCUUUGUCGUGGCUGAGCGAGUGCUCUACCUUCCCAGCCUGGGCUUCUGCUUGCUGGUCGUGCUAGGAAUGGCACGCCUCGCUGCCACUUUGCCUCAACACCGGCAGGUGUUGCAGUACUGUCUGAUAGUGCUACUGCUGGUUUUCACUGUCAGAAGCACACAGAGGUGUCGUGAAUGGACCAAAGAGUCUUCAUUGUUCGAGUCUGGUCUCAAAGUAUGUCCAGGAAAUGCGAAGGUGCACUACAACUUUGCCAAGAAUGUGGGUGACAGCGGGAACAGAGAGGGGGCCAUCCAGGGCUAUCGGGAGGCGCUGCGCCUGCACCCAGACUAUGACCAGGCAAUGAACAACCUGGCAAACAUCCUUCGGGACACUGGAGAACUGGAAGAGGCACGAGCUUUGCUCCAGAGGGCUGUCCAGCUUAGGCCAGAUUUCGCAGCUGCCUGGAUGAACCUAGGCAUUGUUCAGAGCAGUUUAGGCCUGCUGGAUGAUGCUGAGCAGAGCUACCGAACUGCCAUAAGCCACAGAACCAAGUAUCCAGACUGCUACUACAAUCUUGGAAACCUGUACCUAGAGCAAAAGCGGUAUGAAGAUGCCUAUCGUGCAUGGCGCAAUGCUACUCGGCAGCGACCAACACACCUCGUCUCAUGGAACAACCUCGUCCUGAUGCUGGACCAACGAGGUCACGCAUCCGAUGCUGAGCGUGCCGCACUCCAGGCUUUGAGGCACCUCCCCCACGAACCUGCCCUUCAUUUCCAACUGGCCAACAUUCUCGGAAAGGCAGGAAAAUAUCAGCGCUCUGAGCAGCACUUCCUGGCAGCCAUUCGUCUUAAACUGGACAAUCCCAGCUAUCACACCAACCUUGGUGUGCUCUACCACCGCUGGAAGAAAUACGACCAGGCAGAGGAGUGCUACCGAUACGCAUUGAAGCUCAAUCCUGACCUGAAAAGUGCCCGUGACAACCUGAACAUGCUGCUGCAACAAACGAGGCUGCAACCUGUUGAAACAAAACGUUGAUCCAGUGGUUUACAAUUGAAUGACCAUGGAUAUGCUCAUUGCAUUGUGUCACAAGCUAUACGUAUUGCUGGCUCAGUUUAGCAAGUGUCUCACUGACCUUUUUCUACAAAUUUAGCCACACAAAUGACAAAUUAACGACAAAUUUCCAGUGAUGAUGUCCAUGACCACUUGUGAAUCUUGUGACUAGACGUAAAGAAUCUCAUAUGGAUGGGCUAGUGCGGAUAUCAGAAAUUUUAUGCCAGGUGAACUGCUGUUAAGUCUCCUAGAAAUCACUUGGAUAGUGCACUAUUUGUCCCUUAAAACUAACAUAAUAAUUUCGAGCUUCUCAGUUCAGCUCAUUGAUGCCAUUUUAGGUGCUUUAGAAAUGUGGCUAUAAAUCACUGAUGGCUAAUCCAAGUGGGAGACUUAAAAAAAAAAGGAAAUGACACCUUCUGCAUUAUUUUUAUUAGCCUGCUCCUUCUAGAGUGCAGAGCCAUAUUGAAAUGCGUACAUGGUAUUGCACCAAAAUUUCUUAUGCGGCCUUUUCUUACACAUUCUAAGUUAUUAUAACAUAUAUGGUGAUUUCUGUUGCUUGCUCUGCAGCAGUUGCACAAAUACUCAAGCGAGCACUGUCAUUUCAUUAGGCAAAUUUGGCAGUGGCAAAGUAAACUGCUCAAGAGGAAAUCCUGGCAGAAGUUGCUAUGUGUUGCUGGUUCCAGAAACACUAUCCAGUUUCUGCUGAUUUUGUAAGCUUAUCAACGUAUGGUAAUUUUUGUGUUGCCACUUCUGCAUCUUGCACUGCGUGAAAUAGCUGAGCUCUUCUGCACAGACAGAAAAUACAGUCAUUAUGUAAAAAAAAAAAUGGAUGUUGUGCACCAAUGUUUACAUAACCUAAAGCCACGCAUAUCUGUCCCCUGAGUAGGUGACAUUGAGUUUAUAACUGAAUCCACGCCGAGACAGUGAAGAGCAAGAGAGUGCCCAGGAUACAGAGCAAGUUGAUCUGAAACAACCCAGUGUAACAGUAGAACCUGCUGCAGAUAAACCAGUGAAAUCUGCUAGUCUUGCUUUCUUGCACCAAAAAUGCGCACAUCUGUGAAGCUGAACAAGUGUGCUUGAAAAAGAAGUGCCAGAUCUGCAGUGGCCUGAGGAACCAAUCUAGUUUAGGUGUUUUAAAGAAUGCGUUUUACUUGGACAUCACAGUGAAAGUUGUAUACCAUUAUGUCGAAUCCAGUGCAAAGGAGCACAUGAAAUAUAUGCUGUGCUCAAGAUGACUGAGAUGAGGUUCUUGCCUGUGAUUUUCAGAGCAAAAGGCUUUUCUAUCCCAUGGUAUCUUAGUGUGUUCUAACAUUUAAUAAAGUACUAUGCUCAUGGAAUGAAGUGUAACAGGAAUUCUUUUAAAUGUUACACUCCACAUGUCUAAUUACUCAAGGGUACCAUGUCAUGUCGCUACGAAUCUGGUCACUAAAGUUGAUGCAUAUUUUGACUUAAGUACAAGAGCCAAAACUGCGCUGAUGUUACACGCACUGCAGAAGGUGAAAACAAAAGUUUUUUCAUUGGUUAGCCCUAAAUUAAAACACUUUAGUCCGUGAGCACUGUACAUGCUUUUAUGCUGUUCUGGGUGCAUGUGGUCUUUAUUUGUGUGUAAUAUACGUGUAUAUACUACAUUGUGAUGUUACAGAAUAUGUGCCAUGCACUGCAUGUCCGCCCAUUGUAAAGUUCUGAAGUAUCAGUUUUUCUUGCAGCUGGAUCUAGUACGUCUGUCUGCUACACAACAGCCCGCAAACAUUUUUUUUUUACAGUUUUAAUGCAUCAAUUCUGCUGAUUCAUAUGCUGCCUGCAAUUAAUGUUGUUAUGUUUCUCAUAUGAAUUUGUAGUAAAGCUUUUGUUCAAAACAAAAGGGAAAUGAGAUGACAAUAUAGCUCGCCGAGCCAUUUCAUACAGAAGUACUGAUGUUAGCAGCACAGUAGCAUAAUGGAGGGAGUGAAUGUCCCGUCCUGAUCUCAACCUUCUCAGUAGUUUGUGAUACGGGAACAUUGUUGAUGACCUUCUUCUCAGAUGUCCAAAAGCAAUAAUGCUGCAAAAGUUGCUCUCCAUUCAGGGGUGUAAAUGCGACUUAGCUGUUGGAUGCUGUAAUUACUCAGCAGAAUCAGUAAUUAUUAUUAAAUUAUUGAUGAGCCCUUAACGUAAAGUUAUACCAGCGGUCAAAGUAAUAUGUAAAUAGUGUAAGAAAGAGAAGGUGCAUAAACAAACAUGAUAGUGCACCUUUAACUAUUCUUCCUUUCACAUAAAGAGAGACAUGCAAAAUGGCUUCUGACAUCCUUUGAGUAUUGGCUGUAAGUUUACUGCAAUUCGCCAAGCAUUUAUUUGCUUAAAGAGAAAUACCAAGUUUAGUUGGUUUGAUAAAUACGUUUCUGGAAUACAAAAAUUGCCAGAAAUUGCAAGUGUAGGUUGAUGAUAUAUGUCAAACUGAGUGCAUAGGUACAGGGUCAUCUUUGAAAAAGCACUUAGAUUGAGGGCAUAUGUAUGUACCUUGAUUUGCCCAUCGUUCUGAAUCACUUUUCAGAUAUGAACAUGAGUGUAGGAUUGGCUAGAAAAGAUGUAAAAAUGAACCACAGAUGAGCCUACAAGUGCCACCUUGUAGUUCCCACAUUCUGUCCCCAUGGUGUCAUGGAAUUUUGUCAGCCUCUGCUUGGGAUUUGACAAACAAUAAGUGCAUUAGAUUGUAAUGGAACCAAAGAUGGAACUUAGCAAGCUUUGAGAAUUCUUCUAUACAAAAAUAGCCUAAGCGCACAAAAAUGUUUUGAAGUCUUUGACACCUCACUCAACUGCUGGCAUUGCUAUUUAGGUGCCAAAUUCAAGAAACAAAACAUUAGCCUACAUUCUUUUUGCUCGUAAUCAGCUCCUUUUUACCAAGUGACUGCAGAUCGCAUCUUUAAAGACUGCUUCACUGAUCUGAACCAAUUUGGUGUUGCUAUUUAACUUGGGGUUUCUCCCAUACUGAUGUCAAGUAGUAAAUCAUCCUCUGCAGCUUCUGCUUAUAUUGAAACUCUUUGUGGCUGUAACAACAGCUUAUCUGCAGAUGAAGCUGUGUGUGUUUGUUUUCAUUUUUGACUCUUGUAACUCACUGCAUAAGAAGUGCUGAAGUGAUAGGAAAGUGGCUGGUGAUGAUGGACAGUCAUUGAGGAAGCACCUUAGGCUUCAGCUUUUCUUUCAUAGCUAGUUACUCAAUGCUGUUUUGAGAUUACUUGACUGUGCCUCACACAAGCUCUGCUCUUAGACACAAGAAAAUGAUGUUGCAGCAUAAAACUUAUGCUUGGAACAACUUGCUGCCAAGUAACCUUGUAAUUGGGUACGAGAAGUCGGCCCUCCUUAAGCCUCCUGAUCCUAAGAAAUGUAACCAAGUCUUUCACUUCUUCACUCCUUUUUAAAUGAAAAAGAACUGUUGCACCCGAAUUAAUGGCAGCACAAGCAAUGUGUGUGCUAUGACUGCACGAAAAACUAACGUGAAGAACGAUGUGAUUUCUGUAAUGCUCAAGCGCUGCUUCAAAGUUUGAAAAGUUGCGGUAUGUUUUUAUUCCUUUGCAUGCAGCAAAAUGUUUUUCUGCCCUUCAAGAGCUCUGCUGCGUUCAUGUGUGCCAUGUUUUGUUUUGAAGUGAUAAGCAGUAUUGGAACAAGAAAUGUCACUGGAAACAAAGUUUGCACAAGGAAACUUGUCGUUGUCAGGGACCCGAAGUAGACUUGUCACUCCAGCAACAUUCCUUGUUCCACCAAUGCUUCAAGCUUCCAUCUUCCUUGUCUUGUUUGGAUGUUUUGUUUUGGCCACUAAAGAAAAAAAGUGUAUUGCGAGGAAUUUUUAUAUGUAGAAUUUAUCUGCAUACUGUUAACUUUAGCAUUCACUCUUAUGAUUGUGUUGGGUAUCAUAUUCAAAUCCAUGCUUUUGUUCAUGAACUGUGUCGGUAAACUUGCCUUUAAAUCUUAGACAUUUCGUUAUUUGUGCACGUCUGCAUUUAGUAUUGCCUUCAUGUUCUUCUUCUAUACUUUUUUGUAUCAUUAGUUGUGUGUCACAUACAUAGCUACAUAUUCCAUUGUCACAUUAUCAAGCUGUCAGUGUCUGUGUUAUACAGCUGUAAUAAUCAAAUGAAGUGUUUACCAGAAUUUCUGCAUGAUCCUUCCGUGAAAAGCCAGAACUAUUUUGUAAAAAGAGUCCAAGUAGCAAUAGAAGAUUGUUUGACGUCCCUCCACUAAGGAGAUAUUAAUACCUCCUGCAAGAAAAAAAGAAUGUUAAUGUUAGAUCCCUGCACAUAUCACCCUGAUUGAUGUCAGAAAUGCACAAUCAUAAAACUUGCACAUAUCACUGUUGAUGUUGCUGUCUGUUGCCCACCUCGACUGUGUGUGUGCUCAAAACAAUGUGUUGCACUUUGUUAACAUGGUAGACGUGUGUUGAAGCACAACUGUAUUUAAAAUGUUUCCUGCAGAAUAAAAUAUUCGUGUAACAAAA